AUGGCCCUGUGGACGCGCCUCCUGCCCCUGCUGGCACUACUGGCCGUGUGGGGGCCGCGCCCGGCGCCCGCCUUCGUCAACCAGCACCUGUGCGGCUCCCACCUGGUGGAGGCGCUCUACCUGGUGUGCGGGGAGCGCGGCUUCUUCUACACGCCCAAGGCCCGGCGCGAGCUGGGGGACCCACAGGACUGGCCGCUGGCCGCGGUGGACGAGGCGGCGCUGGGUGGGGGCGCCGGCGCGGGCCUGGCGGGGGCCCCGCAGAAGCGCGGCAUCGUGGAACAGUGCUGCACCAGCAUCUGCUCCCUCUACCAGCUGGAGAGCUACUGCAACUAG